AUGCUCAGCAGCAACCGGGAGCCGGAGCGGGAGCGGGAGCCGNCCGGAGCCGCAGCCGACGCCCAGGGCACUUUGGCCGAGCGCACCGGUGCAGGCGGGCUGGGUGCGCGCCCUCUAUGUGCCCACGGCUCCGGGACCCUGGUUCAGGAAGGAGGCGCCCCUGAGGUCCGACCCCGAGGCCGCGUCGCCAUCAUGAGUGAGCCCAGAGAGCCGAGGGAGGACCCGGCAGCCCGGCCCUUGGAGCUGCCCUCCGGGGAGUUCGCUUUGGUGGAAGGGUGGACCGCCCGCGGGGUCGCCAUGCUCAGGGGCAGCACCAGGAGCUUCAACGUGCCCGUGUGCAAAGCUGCCCAGACCUCCGCGGUGGAGGGUGAAGAAAUUGUGGCUGUGGGGUCGUUUGCCCCAGAAGACAUUCAUGUUCCUACAAUUUAUGUGGAUCGCGUGAUACAGGGGGAAAGUCCGAGAUAUGCUGAGCGGUUAACAAUCCGGAUGGAGGGAGAUGGACAAGCCGAGCCUGCAGAUGACAAGGGCGCGGAUCCUCAAAGGGCAGCUCUUGAAUCUGAGGGUGGCGCGGAUGCCCCCUUGGGCACAGGAAUCCCUCUUCUGACCACCGACUACACCGCCCCAUAUAACCGCUCAUCUUCACGAACUGGGAUCCUGGGCUUGGGUCCCUUUCCAUCAAAAGGGGAGGUGGCCGCAGAUCUCACCAGUGCAGGCGAGCAAACAGUCACCACUCUUCCCGGGGGCAGUUUUGUCUCCAGCGAUGACUCAUUUCCUAUGAUCCGGGGACACAUCCAGCUAACCCUGCCAGGAGCCAUGCAGGUUUCCAAAUACGGUGACCUGGCUAAGUGGAUGAUCCCUGGAAGGAAGGCGAAGGGAAUGGGGGGUGCGACGGAUUUGGUGUCCAGGAUCAAGACCAGAGUAGCGGUCACCAUGGAGCACUGCACCAAGGCCAGGGAACCCACGAUCUUGGAGAAAUGCACGAUGCCCCUGACUGGGAAGAGGUGCGGACGAGUCACCACGGAAAAGGCCGUGUUUGACGUGGGCAAGAAGGAAGGACUGGUGCUGACUGAGCUCUGGGAAGGCCUGACGGUGGAGGACAACGGGAGUGCCUUUGUCAUCUCACCCAAUGUCACACCCAUGCAGCAGGUGACAGCCUAA